AAAAAGGAUGUACUGCCUGAAGUCGAACACAAUUUUCAACCGCUCAAUGCGCGGGAAGUCGACACGUGGCACUUGUCAAAUUAAAACCCUAUAAAACGCAUUUCAUUCCCUUUUGACAACAAAAUCUCAGAACUCAUAUCUUUCUACAUACUUACAAAUCCUGUCUACGUAGAGACCGCCGAUUUGCUGUUGACAAUGGAAGCUAAUACGACUCACUCCCAACUCGCUUUUCAUUCCCAACUCACCACACUCGUCUCAGACAACAGCGCCGCCGAUUUGCAGAAAGCCUGGCAUCUAACGAGCCUUGUGCACGCCAAUGGCAGCCCGAUUCGCUCACAGCAGCUCGCAUCACAAUGCAAUAAAUUGACUCUCUGUUUGAUCGAAUUUCUGUGCUCAAUGCCUGGAUCACCUCUAUGCUUCACUCCGAAUCGACUUGUGUCCAUCACUCGAGAAGCUGUGGUGGGUUUUACUCGGUUCUUAUGGUUUUUGAGGAGUGGCUUGGCGGUUGUGCCGAGGAGUCUUCGAUACGUGGGGCCCAAGAUUUCUCUGCUGCAGAAUGUGACCAAGGUUUAUUUCAGGAAGCGGAAGAGGAAUGUUGCAGGAAUUCAGAUUUUGCCGGCAGCAGAUAUACGUGCAUUUGGUGAAAAGUAUCCACCCAUUGUCUUGAAUAUAUCUACUGAAACUCAAACAGUGUGUGCAAAGAAACUAAAGCAGAAUUACAUAGAGAAUGGACACCCUGAAUCCAGCUCCACUUUUCCUAAGAAUCAAGUACAGCUGAAGUCCCUCCCAGCUUUUGAAGGCUUCACUGUGGAGGAGGAAGAAGGUUUAGGUAACAAAGCUUGGCAUCUACUGAGUCUUGUACAUGCCAAUGGCAGCCCGAUUCUUUUAAAGGAGCUCGCGUCACAAUGCAAGUUCACUCUUUGUUUGAUAGAAUUGCUGUGCUCGAUGCCUGCCUCACCUCUUUUCUUCACUCCGAAUCGACUUGUAUCCAUCACUUGCUCAGCCUUUGUGGCUUUUACUCAGUUUUUAUGGUUUCUGAGGAGUGGUUUGGCGGUUGUGCCAAGGAGUCUUCGAUAUAAUGGGCCCAAGACUUCUCUGCAAAAUGUAACCAAAGUUUAUUUCAGGAAGAGGAAGAGGAAUGAUGCAGGAAGUCAAAUUUUGUUGGGAGCAGAUAUAUGUGCAUAUGGUGGAAAGUAUCCAUCCCUUGUCUUGAAUAUAUCUACCGAAACUCAAACAGCGUGUGCAAAGAAACUAAAGCAGAAUUACGUAGAGAAUGGGGACCAUGAAUCUAACUCCACUUUUUUAAAGAAUCAAUUGCAGCUGAAGUCGCUCCCAGCUUUUGAAGGCUUCACUGUGGAGGAGGAAGAAGGUUCAGGUGGCUCUGGUACAGUCUACAGGGCAAAGAGAAAGUGUGAUGGAGUGAUAGUUGCUCUUAAAUGUCCUCAUGCCAACGCUAGCAGACACCACAUCCGAAAGGAAAGGAAAAUGUUAAAGAAAUUCAGGGGUAAAAACUUUAUCAUAGAAUAUGAAGGCUCUUUCAAGCAUGGGAGUGCUGAUUGUCUUGUUCUUCGGCAUGUUGAGCAUGAAAGGCCUGAGGUCUUGAUGAAAGAAAUAGACCUGUUUAACCUACAGUGGUAUGGAUAUUGUUUGUUCAGAUCUCUUGCUAGUUUACAUAAGCAGGGAGUAAUUCAUAGGGAUGUUAAGCCCGGGAAUUUCCUUUUCUCACGAAGGGUAACUAAGGGUUAUCUAAUAGACUUUAACCUAGCUAUGGAUAUGCACAAGAAAUACGGAACAAUUGGCGAAAGGCCGAGAGAACCUAUUCCUAGCAAAGGCAGAAAAGAGCUGAUCAGCCUGGCACAGAAGACAAUGUACGGUCCGAAUGAUGAAGUAGCAAGUUCUGCUUCUAUCAAGAGAAAGAGGACUGCUGCCCCUGCAGAAAAAGUGGAUAAUAACAUCAUUUACGUAACUCCAAUGCCUCUGCAUUCUUCAGGAGUUGCUAUUCCGGGUGCAGGCUUUAUACAGAGCAGAGGACAAAUGAUGAACAAGAAAGAAGGUCCCUGUGUUGGAACUAAAGGUUUCAGGGCUCCAGAGGUGUUGCUCAAAUCUCCUUUUCAAAGUCCAAAGAUAGAUGUAUGGUCUGCCGGGGUGACACUGCUCUGCCUGAGCACCGGAACAUCGCCAUUUGAUGGUGACCCUGACCAGAACUUGAUAGAUAUCGCAAAGUUGAGGGGUAGUGAAGAUCUGUGGGAAGUUGCAAAGCUACACGAUCGUGAAUCUUCAUUUCCUGUGCAACUUCUUGAUGCAAAAUAUUUGCUGUCUAAGAAACUGCGUGACUGGUUUAAGUUAAACACGAAUAGGCCAGAACUGCUCGAGGAUCUUCCCAGGUCUUUCUUUGACCUUGUGGACAAAUGCCUGACCGUGAACCCAACAUGGAGAAUAAGUGCAGAAGAUGCACUUAAGCACCAGUUUUUUGCAACAUGCCAUGAGGAACUACAGCUACAGAGGUGGCUGCGGCGACAAAGACUCGGCUGAAACUCAAACUCUGCAACUCACCUCUAGUUGGCCACUCAACUUGAGACCUGUGAGGGUUUACAAGUGUAAUAUAUGUUGUAUAAUGUAUAUCAUUGUACUAGUCCGGUAAUAUCAAUCUUACGUUGAACAGUAUUUGCCCUGGCUUUUGGAACUAAAAUUAUUAAUC